AUGUACCCGAGAAAGGAUGACCGUGGUACGGGCUGUGACACUGAAGAUCCCCAAGAAAAUUCAGACCAGCAGGGAAAGAAAGGUGAUGCUGGGGACGUUGCGCAGACUGACAAAAGAGCUCGACAUCUUCGAGACGUUGAAGAAGUUGAAAAUGGCGUAAAAGCGCGCAAGGAGAUCAACAUUGUUGGAGAAAUUGGGGAGAGUGUCGAAGAGAGUGAUGACGCAAAAGAUGGGGUAGAUGAUUCCUACACGGCUAAAGUGACGACAGACCAUGAGAAAGAUGUUCAAGAAGUUGGAAACCUGGAGAAAGCCGAUCAGAUUGAAUGGAAUGUUGCAGACGAAGCUAAAGAGGUCGAGAAAGAUGUUGACGAAGAAGUCAGAGAUGAUGUGGAUGAAGAAGUUGACAAAGGUUUAGAAGACAUCGAAGAGCAUAUGGAAGGAGAUUUGGAAAAAGACGAGGAACAUGCCGAUGAAUAUAUGGAAGAACACGAGGUUGAUGAAGGUCUGGAACAACUAGAGGAAAAUGUCCAAGAACUCAAGGAAAGUGUCGACGGAGAAGUAGAAGAAUCUAAAGUGGAUGUGGACGAAAUAGUCGGGGAAGACGUCGAUGGAGAAGCCGACAAAAAAGUUGAGGAAGAAGCCGAGCAGUGUCUAAAAGUAGUCGUGCAAGAGACUGGAGAAGAGAUCAAAGGGGCUGCUGAAGACGACUUGGAAACCACUGACGAAGAUGACGAAAUCAGAGAUGAGGAUAGGAAUAAGGUGUCGAAGAAGAUGUAG